GGGAAGAAUCUUUUUGAAGAGGAGCCACUGUUGAGAGGGAAGAACCAACUUCAACCUUUUACCCCUAAAUCUUUUCUUCGAUUUUGAUGAAAUGUUGCAUCAAAAAUCCUCUUUUUCCCUCCCCAAUUCGAAACCCAUUUCCUCCAAACCCUAAUUUCUAUCGAUCGUACGUUUGUACUUUAUAGCUAUCAACAAAUCUGUCAGAUCUGUAGCAUUCACAUUCACAUUCACAUUUACUACUUUUAUACUUUGAUUUUCUAAACAGAUUUGAGCAGCACCAAGAAAAAUGUCUGGGACGCGCAGCGGUAGUUAUAGUGGUGGUCUAGUUGAUCCCAGCAAUCUGCAUCUGAAGAAGGAGUUAACUCAAAUUAGGAAAGCUGCUCGUGCGUUACGAGAUCCUGGUACGACUUCCUCAUGGCGGUCUCCGCUUAGUUCAUCUAGAUCCACCACCGCCGUUCCUGCAGCAGCUGCUUCAUCUUUCAUCACCACUGCACCCAGCAACCAUUAUAAUCACCAUUAUAGAAACAGCGGUGGUUACAGUGUAGAAGAACCCACUGAGAAUAAUACAAAGGACGACGCCAACAACAACAAUGUUAAUGGUAGCAGUAAUAAUGAUAAUAGUAAUAGGAGAAAAGAGAAGAAAGUGUUUUUGUAUAAUUGGAGAACGCAGAGAUCGGAGAGUGAGAGGAGCGCUUCCGUCACGGGGCAAACAGAUGAUAAUAGGAGAAUGUCAAGGCAUCAACAAAGAGGCAAUGCCGAUGAUGGUAUUGGUGAUGGAGAGGAGAGUGUUGAUGAUAGCUUGAGCGAUGCGCGAAAUGACGGGGAUACGAAGAGCGAUACCUACUGUGCUGCUGCGACGUCAUCAUCUUCAAAGAUGUUUAAUACUUGCAAAGAUUCAAAUAAUCUAGCAACUCCCCCAGUUAGGAGGGCAUCGUUGAUGAAGAAGAAGCCAAAGAAAAUGACACAUUCAUCUGCUGCUUUAAAACAUCAACUUCAGAGACGACUAAGUUUAGUUGACCAGUAUGAUGAUGUCAAUUCUGAGGAUAUAGUUGUUAAAGGGUCUUCAGUGACAUCCCCUCUGCUGUCUAGGCUCAAGUCGUCGAAAUUGUUGGGAGGUAGUGGUAGUAGGAAAGAUGAUUCAUCUUACUGUUAUAGCACCCCAGCUUUGUCCACAAGUUCAUUUAAUAAGUAUUGGGUUAGGAAUCCAAGCACAGUUGGCUCAUGGGAUGCGACAACAGGGUCUUUGAAUGAUGGGGAUGAAGGAGUGGAUUACCAUGAUAAUGACGACGACCAGUUGGAUUUACCGGGUCGCCAGGGAUGUGGGAUUCCUUGUUACUGGUCUUCCUCCAAGAGGAGUACCCCGAAACGUGGUGGAGUUUGUGGUAGUUGUUAUUCACCCUCAUUUUCGGAUACAUUAAGGAGAAAAGGAAGCAGCAUCUUGUGUGGGAGCCAAACCAUGUAUCAUAGACACCGUGGAUCAUCUGUGGGUGCUUGCAACAAGAAGAGGCUUGUCCACACAACUUCCCAGGGUCUUGUUCCACUGUUAACAAAUGGUGCUGAAAGCAGAGACCGCUCGUCUGUUGGGACAGAUGAUGAGCUUUCAACUAACUAUGGGGAGCUUGAUUUAGAAGCUUUGAGUCGAUUGGAUGGAAGGAGGUGGUCAACAAGCUACAGGAGUCAAGAAGGAUUGGAGCUAGUAGCUGUAAAUGGGGAAAGAGAAGGGGAUUCGCCUUCAUCUCUUGAUAAUAUUAAUUGCUUCAGCCACAAGUAUAAGCCAAUGUUCUUUGAGGAUUUGGUUGGCCAGAAUGUUGUGGUCCAGUCCCUUGUUAAUGCCAUCAUGAGGGGAAGGAUUGCUCCCAUCUAUCUGUUUCAAGGUACCCGUGGUACUGGGAAAACAUCUACUGCUAGGAUUUUUGCUGCUGCCUUGAAUUGCCUUGCCACCGGAGAAACGAGACCUUGUGGAAUUUGCAGGGAAUGUGCUGACUAUAUUACAGGCAAGAGCCAGGUCAUUACUGAAAUGGAUGGCUCCAAUAAGAAGGGGAUUGAUAAAAUUAGAUAUCUGAUGAAGAAACUGCAGAUGGGUCCUUCUAUAUCAACCUUUAUACAGCACAAUGUUUAUGUUAUUGACGAGUGUCACCUGUUACCAUCUAAGUUGUGGUUGGCUUUCCAAAAGUUUCUUGAAGAACCACCUCCGAGUGUCGUUUUCAUCUUUAUAACUACCGAUCUUGACAAUGUGCCCCGUGCUGUGCUGUCUCGCUGCCAAAAGUAUCUGUUCAGCAAAAUUAAGGAUAGUGACAUAGUUAUCAGGUUGAGGAAAAUCGCAGAGGAGGAGAAUCUGGAUGUUGAAUCAGGCGCAUUUGAUUUGAUUGCUCUGAAUGUAGAGGGUUCACUUCGAGAUGCAGAAACCAUGUUGGAUCAGUUAAGUUUGUUAGGAAAAAGAAUCACCACUAAUCUAGUGAAUGAACUUGUAGGAGUGGUCUCUGAUGAGAAGUUAUUGGAACUUUUGGAGUUGGCAAUGUCAUCAAACACAGCGGAAACAGUGAAAAGAGCAAGAGAAUUUAUGGAUUUGGGGGUUGACCCUAUGGUUUUGAUGUCUCAAAUGGCCACGCUUAUUAUGGAUAUCAUUGCUGGAACAUAUCAAGUUGUUGAAGCUGGAUAUGGUGACUCGUUAUUUGAUGGUAGAAGCUUGACAGAAGCUGAACUGGAGAGAUUAAAGCAUGCUUUGAAACUUCUUUCUGAGGCUGAGAAACAGUUGAGACUUUCCAGUGAAAGAUCAACAUGGUUCACAGCCACCCUUUUACAGCUUGGCUCUGCCCCAUCGGCAGAUCCUACUCCUUCAGGAAGCAGUAGAAGACAGAGUUCGAGAACGACUGAUGAUGAUCCAUCUGCUACUUUCAAAGAUAUAUAUUUCCAGAAACAGAGGUCUGAUUCUCACUAUUCACCCCAAAAGUCUGCUUCUAAGCCUAUUUACAGAAAUUCAACCAGCCCAGAAGAAGUGCUCUUACCAAAGAGGCAAUUGAUAAAUGGGGACGGACCAUCUGCCUCAAAUGGUGAUGUUGUAGUUGGAAAUACUAUUCCAAGACACAGUAACUCAAGUAUAUUGGAUGAUAUCUGGGUCCGUUGCAUUGAUAAGUGCCAUUCUAAAACACUGAGGCAGCUGUUACAUACUUACGGAAAUCUUGUAUCUAUUUCUGAAGAUAAAGGCACGCUUGUUGCUUAUAUCGUCUUUCAGAAUAGUGAUAUCAAGAGCAGAGCUGAAAGGUUCCUUAGCAGCAUCACAAACUCAUUUGAGAUUGUUCUCUGUCGCAAUAUAGAGGUUAGAAUUAUAUUCCUGUCAGAUGAUGGGACUGCACCAAAUAGUGUUUUGGCUCAGAAGCAGAUUGAUUCACUUCAAGAACCAAUAAAGGCAUCAGGAGGAAGCUUUCAUGAUGCUGGAAGCAAGUCUAGUGGUGUGUUGGCAGAAGGGGAUGGUGGUACAAAAGGGAGAAAGAGCGGGAAUCCGGUUCAAAGAAUAGAAUCAAUCAUACAUGAACAGAGGUUAGAAACUGCAUGGUUACAAACUGCAGAAAAAGGCACCCCUGGAUCAUUGAAUCGUUUGAAACCCGAGAGGAAUCAAGUCUUGCCUCAAGAUGGAAGUGAUCAUCAUCAGCGUCAAAUGGUAUCAAAUGAUCCCUCAUCACAGCAGCAAUGGGAAGAUGAAUUGACCCGUGAACUCAACCUUUUGAAGAUCAAUGACGGGAAGACCCUUUCGAGGGAACAUAAGUAUCCGAUAUCACCAAGCUUGUUGCAUGAUAGCAAUUUAGUUGGCAAGUACAACAAAGAAAGCAUGGGAUACGAGUCUGGCUCAGGAGGCGGUGGUUGUUUAUGUUGGAACAAAAGCAAGCAUAACCGGAGGGGGAAGAUCAAGCCUGGAACCCCGGUUGGACCACGUAGAAGUGCAAGAUUUUUAUUGUUCGGGGAGUGUGGAAAAUCAGGAAGGACAGAUCAGAGAUCUAGAAGGUGAAAAUAUUGAUUCAUAUUCAGAAUAUUUCCUAAUUUAUUGCUCUACUAGUUUAUGGGUAUGGGUUUGAAGAGGAGUUACAUGUAAAGUUUUCACAACUGGGAUUUCUGCAUUUGUCCAAUUUUUUUUUUUCUGGGAGCAGCAAUAAAGGUGAAGAAAAGGGACCAUUCUUUCUUCCCUUCCCUUUCAACUUACACAAUUGCUGGCAUUUUGAUGAUUUUUAUUGGUGAUUUGUUUAUGAGAAAAUGAGUCUGUUAGAUCCCAAUCAUUGUACUAAAAUACAUUAAAAUACAACAAACUUUCGU